AGGUAGGAAGAUAUUUUAUUGCAGACUGGGGUUUGACUAGGGCAACUAAGUGGGCCGUUUGUACGUGAAUAAAGCAUGGUUUGAGGCCCCAGAUCGAUAGCUUAUAUCCAAUAAGCUCCCGUGCUCGGAACCGUGACAUAAAGUAACUCCCACGAAAUAGACAAGGUGGACGCGGGCUUGGAACGGGCAAGCAACCUUAAACAGGAUAUGCUUUCAUUCAGACUCGCGUGGCGAGCAAUUGCAAUUCUGCCCGAACCUUGAUUCGCGACAGAACCUCUCUCUUUGGAGCGACUCUCCGGGAGCGCAAAACCAGGACCGGGCUUGGCAGGAUACUGCUGAUGGAGCUCCUCGAUGAGGUCCUUGCAAUGAGCGAGGUUCUUGGCUGGCUCCCAAGUCCGGUCAUCCGGAGCGAAAUCCUUCCAAUCAACAAGAUACUGCAACUUGCUGUCCAGUCGCGCCAGCUCAAAGUGUAUUGUGCGAUCGAUGGCGCCAGAACGCCUUUUCCUGUAGACAUUAGCGACUGCGACGCAGGCUCUAAUCUCCAGAACAAGGUCAAGCUAGCAUCGCCCUUCCCUCUCCCACACGCAUACAGCCUCUCUCUGUACAAAGCCCCCGAGGGAGUAGGCAUCAACACAGAGCCGGGUGUCACUGUUGGAGUGGAAGAUGAGAUUAGCGCCACUAGCUCUCUACGUGGCAUGUUUGCGGAAACAAACACGGUUCAAGUGAUUGUCCGACCUCCACGGGACCUUGUCUGGAAAGAGGACACGUUCAGAAGCUUCCCUGUCCAUGGUGUAAGCGACUUCAAGACACUGCGUCAACGUCCGGAACUCUGUUUCUUUGACAAAACCGCCUUCAUCUUGGCCCUCGAGUCCUUCGACGAGUCAGUUCUUGUCUUUCUUCGUCCCCGCAGGUCGGAAAAGUCGCUCGGAUUGAGUACAUUGGCACACUUCCAUGGUCGUGAACACCUUCCGGACUACAAACCCCUCUUUGAAGGCCUUGCCAUCGACGAGCACGUAAAAAAGGAGCGUGUGGAUCCAGGGCGCUACUUUGUCCUGCCGCUUGAUUUCUCUGCAGUCGUCCGAUCUCAGGACCGAGAGAAGGCCGAGCACAACUUGAACCUGAUGCUGAACGAGUCGAUCAAGCAGUUCUACAGGACCUAUGAACCAUAUUUCCGAAUGUCGGCUAAUUAUCUCAUUGAGAACUUUAUCCAGGACAGUGCCGCGGCAAGUUUGACGGCAUGCGUGAAUGUAGUUCAUGAUUUACUCGCCAGUGUCGAUAGUCCCGAGGACCCCCUUUCAAUGAUCAAGGGAAUUUACGUUAUGGCGGACGAAUAUGACAGCUACAGCAAUGAGUACCUUGUCUCCAUCGACAGUGUUCAGUGGAAACCGCCACGACGGACCGACGCCGACAGCGUGCUAAAGGGAUUCUGGGCGUCUCCAGAGCUCGCGAGUUUUUGUGGUUUGACGGAAGCAGAUGUCGCUGCUGCGCUGGCACUAAAGAAAGUCUAUGAGUCCACCGUCGAAGCCGAGAAGCAUUUGAAGAUCAUGAGGGAUCAUUACAACGGCUUCAAUUUCGUUCCUGGCGGACAAGGGCCUUUGACAUAUAACACAAACACAUGCCUCGAGUACUUACAGGGAAAGCCGAUGGAGGAUCCUCUCUCAGUCACUAACUCUGAGGCCUCGGAAGUAUC